AUGAAGGAUAGAGUAAUCAUGCGCAUUUCGGGACCUGAAGUCAAUAUCUUCUUUGGGCUUGAUCCCAGGCUAAAGGAAUUUGUCACCGUCGUGAAGGGAAAGAAAGUGCUCUAUGUGGACAAUGAUAAGAUCAGUCAUGUGAAAUUGGAGGUUGUACAGGAUAUCAUUGGGAAGAUCAAAGCCAAGUUUGGAAAGAUGACGAACAAGUAUGGUGGAGAGCAUGAGUUUUUGGGAAUGAAGAUAAGCUACAAAGAUGACAAAGUAGAGAUCAGCAUGAAGAAGCAUAUUCUGAAAGCAAUUGAUAUGUUCAUGGAGGAUAUCAAUAGAGAGGCAACUUUGCCUGCCAAGGCUUAUCUGUUCGACGUGAGAGAAGUGGCAAAAGAUUUGAAAGGUCCGAUAGACUUGAAAAGAAUCAUUGGUUGA